UGCCUGCACUGAUUGGACUCUGCUCUGUCAGAGCUGAAUUGUUCCUUAAGCAGCUUUUUCUUCAAGACGUGCACUCUCUGAAAGGCUCUAAAGCUCUGCCACCAAAAUGGAGUCUGUAACAAUGGAGCUGCCCUCGCUGCUAUCCAAUCAUACAUCAGAGAGCUGUGCAGCAGUGGACUCGACAGCUGAGAACACGCUGUUCGGAUGCUUCUACAUCCUGGUUUUCUUUCUCGCGCUGAACGGUAACGGCCUGGCGCUCUGGAUCUUCUCUCACCAGCGAGGCUCUUCCUCUCCAGCUAACAUCUUCUUGAUUCACCUGGCUGUGGCAGACUUAUCGUACGUGAUCAUCCUCCCGCUGAGGGCCACCUACCACCUCACUGGAGGCCACUGGCCUUUUGGCGAGGUGCCCUGCAGAGUGGCGGGCUUUUUGUUUUAUGUUAACAUGUACGCCAGCCUGUACUUCCUGGCCUGUGUGGCGGGGGAUCGCUACCUGGCAGUGGUUCACGCUGUGAGGUCACUGAAGGUCCGUCGUGCUCGCUACGCUCACAUCAUCAGCUUCUGUCUGUGGGCCCUGGUUACCGUCUCCAUGGCGCCACUGCUCGUCACCCACCAGACUGCAGAGGUGGAUGGCGUGACAGUGUGCUUGCAGCUGUACAGAGAGAAGGCCUCACGCAAGGCAUUGAUCUCACUGGCUGUGGCGUUCACCCCACCUUUCCUCGCCACGCUGUCGUGUUACCUGCUCAUCAUCCACAGCCUGCACCGGGGCUCCAGGUUGGAGCCGGCCCUCAAGCUGAAGGCCCUGCGCACCAUCGGCCUGGUCAUGCUCAUCUAUGUAGUCUGUUUCCUGCCGUAUCAUGUGAGCAGAGCCACCUUCAUCCUGAGCUACAGCCAUCCUGACGUCUCCUGCCAGACCCGCAGAGGACUCAGCUUGGCAAACCGCCUCACCUCCUCCCUCACCUGCCUGAACGGUGCUUUGGACCCGCUGAUCUACCUGUUUGGGGCGGAGAAGUUCCGCGGCACUCUGAUGCGAUUGUUUUGCAAAGACCAGGCCGGGGUGUCAGGAGCCACCAGCGGAGAGUUGAAGGGGACCCACGAGAGCUCUGUGAGUGCCAAGUCUGAGUUCUGA